CCACUCCCCUCCCUUCCUAUCUCUCUGAUCUCUCACACACUCGCACGCACACGAUCGAUCAUGAUCAAGUACAGAAUGACAGUCUUCCAUGCACAGAGAGGGAAUAUAUUAGUAAUAAUUCCACUAGCUGUGUUCUUAAUAUUCACUGAAUUUUUAUUCCUUGUUGGUUCUGUAGAAUCUCUACCAACAGUGUUACCUUCCCUGCCAACCCAUUUCUCCAAAAUCCCUGGAGCAUCACCAAGAGCAGAUAUCUUUUCAGUUUGCAGGCGCACCCCCUACAGAGCAGCUUGCGAAUCCAUGCUUUCACCAAAGCUAAUUAGUGCUCCCCCUCAAACACUUGGAGAUCUCUUCGACCACUCGGUCCAGUUUAGCAUCGGCAAAGCUAACUCGGCUCGAGCCCUUGCGUACAACUUCAGUCAUUCUUUUGAAACUUCCCAUAUCCUCUUAAAUGGUGGCAUGAACGACUGCCUCGAGCUGCUCGAUGACAGUCUGGACCAGCUCGCGAAUGUUGUCAACCGCCACAGAAAGCCCAGCCCAAGCAGUACGGACGACGUCCAAACAUGGCUCAGUGCUGCUCUUACAAAUCAGGUGACCUGUCUCAAAAGCCUUGAGAAUUACAGAUUUAAGAUAGACAAAGGUAUAAUGGAUGCCACGGUUGGAGAUCUGAGCCACUUCAUCAGCAAUUCCCUGAACCUUUACAUGUCUAGCAACCAAAAUUAUCACGAGGCUAAAAAAUGGAGCAUAAGUAGUACUGGAGGCCAUCGAAGGUUGAUGUCGGAUGGUUUUCCGUCGUGGGUGUCGACGGCAGAACGGAGACUAUUACGAGCUUCUAUAGGAGAGAUAGAGGCAAGUGCAGUGGUGGCUAAGGACGGAAGCGGGACUCACGAAACGAUAGGGGAGGCACUUGCGCUGGCGGCCUCCUUGGCUGUUGGUGGUAUUGGUAGGACUGUAGUUCACGUUAAAGCUGGGACAUAUCACGAAAACCUUAACAUUCGCACUGACCAAAAUAACCUAAUGUUAGUUGGGGCUGGAAAGGGACAAACAGUCAUUGUUGGUGAUCGGAGCAACGACGGUGGCUGGACAACUUUCCGCUCUGCUACUUUUGCCGCCAUGGGCGAUGGGUUCAUUGCAAGAGACAUCACAUUUGUGAACAGUGCGGGGCCAGCCAAGCACCAAGCCGUUGCCCUACGUGUUGGAUCCGACAGGUCCGUAAUCUUCCGAUGCUCCAUCCUCGGCUAUCAAGACACACUCUACACCUAUUCUAAACGACAGUUCUACAGAGAAACCGAUAUUUACGGAACCAUAGAUUUCAUAUUCGGGAACUCAGCAGUAGUUUUCCAAAACUGCAACAUAUACGUGAGGAAACCUUUGUCUGGUCAGGACAACUUCAUUACAGCGCAAGGUCGGAACAGCCCAGAUGAAAAUACCGGCAUUUCUAUUCACAAUUGUAAGAUAGCAGCUGCAUCCGACCUAAAACCUGUGCAAUCUAAGGUUGCUACGUAUCUUGGAAGACCAUGGUUUAAGCAUUCUAGGACGGUAAUCAUGCAGUCGUAUCUGGAUGGCUUAAUCCACCCAGCAGGAUGGGCACCGUGGCCCGGAUCUUCUGCCUUUGAAAAACUCUAUUAUGGGGAAUACAAGAACAAAGGGCCUGGAGCCUCCAUUUCCGGUAGGGUAAAGUGGCCAGGUUAUCAUGCCUCCCUCACGUCGGCUGAUGCUCAAAGAUUCACAGUGGCUGGUUUUAUUGCUGGACAUCUCUGGCUGCCCUCCACUGGGGUAUCUUUUGAUUCAGGACUUCUUGGAUGAACCAUAUAUGUCCUUAAUUAUCAAGGGUACUUAAUUAAGGCCUAGCUGUCCAUACACAAUCUGAAUGAACGUCUCAUUUAGCUGAAAACAGUUAAUUUGGUUCAUUCAUGGGUUUGUUUUUGCAACUUCAAAAAACUAGGCUUACGUAUAUGCAUGCAUGGCCAAGACACAUGACUUAGUACUUUCCCAUGUAUAUACUGCAUGGGUGUUGUGCAUUAUGUAUCAUGUGCGUAUGGAUUGCAAAAUCAAGAAAAGUUACAACGAUGUACGUGUAACUAUAUAUAUUAA